AUGCAGAAUAUAGAUGAAAAUUAAUAAAGUCAAAUCAAUUAAUUAAGGAGGCAAUACAAAUAAGAAAUAUACACAUUAUCUUAGCAAUACAUUAAAUCUUAACAAGGUAAUAACAUAUUAAAUUUUCAAGAAAUAUCCGAGUUAAAUGCUUAGCUAGAAUAAUAAAGAAAACAAGGGGAUGAAUUCUUGAGAUUAAAAAGUAAAUAUGAAUAGGAAAUCUAAAUGUAUAAAAGUAGGGCUUAAACUUUAGAGUAAGAAAUAAGGCAAGGGAGAGAGUAAAGGAACUCUUCAACUUAAAAUGAAAUAACUAGAUUAACUUAGGAAAUUGCAAGAUAUUAAUCUGAAGUUUAGUUUCGAUCAUCAGAUAAUGAAUUAUAUGAAAGAACAAUUCAGACUUUAAAUGAUAAAAUAAAGGAGAUGGAUAAUGAUAUUCAAAUAUUGAUAGAGGCUCAUAAUUAAAAUCAAUUUAAACUAGAAUCUGCUAUGGCUGAAUCAAAGAGUAAUAUGUAGUAUUAAAUUGAUUAACUAAAUCAAGAGGUGACAUUCUAUUAAACUUAAUGCAGAUAAUUGUAGGAAAAAUAUUAAACAGCAGAAAUCUAAAAAGAAGAAAGUGAAAGAAGAAUCAUUUAGAUGGAAAUUAGAAUUAAUGAAACUUAAAAAUAAAUUGAGUAGCAAUAAAAUGAGAAAAAUUAAAGAGAUAGCUAUAAAAUCUAUAACAUUCAAAAUGAAUUAGAAAAUUGGAAACAAAAAUAUAUUUCUGUAGAAAUUAAGAUGAAGGAUUAUGAUAAUUUGAAAAUGAAAAUAAUCCAAUCUGAAGAGUAAUUAAAUUUUUAUAGAAAUGAAAAUUAAUAAAUGAAAGAAGAAUUAGAAAUUUUAAUUACAGAAAUUAAAUAGCUACAGGAAUAAAACAAUGGAUAUCGUUUAAGUAUUACUUAAUUAGAAAAUGCAACAAGAAAUAGUGUUGAAAGUGAUAGAUAUAAAGCUUAAAUAAGAUCUUUAGAAAGUAAUAUAAACUAAUUAAAUUAAUAAAUAAAUGCUUAUAAAAUUGAAACAAAGGAACUUGAGUAAUAAGUUAUGUACCAUUAAAAUAAAAAUACAAAUGUUGAUUAAUUGAUUAGAGAAAAAGAUGAAACAAUAUCGAAGCUUUAAUAUAAAAUAAAUAAUAUGGAAAAAGAACUACGAAUUAUAUUUGAAGAGUAAUUAAAGAUCGAAAAAUAAGAAUGGGAUAGAUAAAAAUAAUCAUAGAAUGAAGGGCAAUUGUAAAAGAUAACAAAAAAAUAUGAAUCUGAGAUAUUAACUUUGAGAUAACAUUUAUCUUCAUUAGAAAUAGAAAAUUAAUCAUUAACAAAAUAAUAUGAAAGAUUAAAAAAGGAAGGAGAAAUGAAUUUUUAAAGAUAAUCUGAAAAAGAGAAAAGUAGAAUAUUUGAACUUGAAAGAUAGAUUAUAUAAUUAGAGAACUAAAUAUCUUUAUAAAAGAAGGAUUUCUCUUUGAAAAUUGAGUAAUUUAAUUAAUAAUCAAAUUUAAAGGAGUAUUACGAAGUUUAAUUAAAGUAGAUAAAUGAAAAAUUAUAAAGAGAAUAAGAUUAUGUGAAAUAAUUGAAUGAUCAAUUGUCAUUAGAAUAAAAAAAGAUUUUUGAUUUAGAAACUCAUUAUUAGAAAGAAAUUCAAUAGAUAAAAGUAUAAUAGGAAAGGAGAAUAGAAAUUCAAUAAGCAUCAUAAUAUUAUUUUGAAUUAGAAAAUCAUUAAAAAGAUUUAGAGAAAUUGAGAAGAGACAACAGGAUAAUUGAAUAAUAAUGUUAGGAAAUGGAAGUAUAAGUUAAAUUAUGGAAAGAAAAAUUUUAUGAGGAAUAAGAGAAGAAUUAAGAAAUAAGACAAUAAUUGAUUGAAAUAAGAUCUUAAUUUGAUUCUCAUUAAACAGUUUAUACAAAAUCAGAUUAUGAUAAAUAAAGAAUUUAGGAGUUAGAGAUGGAAUAAAUUUAAUUAUAAGAACAAAUUAGAAUAUUUUAAAUUAGGGAAGAAAAAUAUAAAGAAUAAAUUACAACAUAUACUAUGACUGUAGAGAAACAGAAAUCUAAUUUAGAUGAAUUGAAGAGAAUUAAGUAAUUGGAGUAUGAAAUAGAAUCGUUUAAGAUAUAAUGUAGAGAUUUAGAAAGAUAAUUAUAGGAUAAGACAUUGGAAUUUGAAAAGGUAUUAAAAAGAAAAUAAGAAGUAAAAGUAGAAAGAAUUGAAGUAUCAUCACCUUCUGAUAAAUUAAAAAUUUAAGAAUUAGAAUCCUAAUUAUCCUAUUAAAAAUAGUAGUUAUAAUAAUAAAAUAAUUCAAGAUAAGAAGUAAUAAGAGAAACAAUAAGAGAGACAGUUUAAAUAAGAAGUUAGGAUGAUAUAAAAAUGAUUGCUUAACUUGAAGAAGAAUUAUAAUUAUGGAAAACAAAAUAUUAUGAAUUAGAUAGAAGAAAGAAUUAAGUAGUUGUAGAAACUAUUAGAGAGGUUUAAUCACUUGAAAGUGAUAAAUAAAGAAUAUAAUAAUUAGAAAUCUAACUUUAAUAAAUGUCUUAAAAAAAACAAGAGGUUAUAAGAGAAUAUAUAACUGAAAAAGUUGAAGUUCCAUUAGAAUCUGACAAAAUAAAAAUACGUUAAUUAGAAUCUCAAUUGAGUAAUAUUUAAAGGGAUUAUUAAUUAUUAAAUUAAAAAAAAUAAGAAAUUAUUAGAGAAACAAUAACUAUAGAAGUACCAUCUUAAGCUGAUAAAUUUAGAAUUUAGUAAUUAGAAUCGUAAUUAUCAUAAUUAAAAUAAGAAUUAUAAAUUCUGAGUCUAAAAAAGCAAGAGGUAAUAAAAGAAAUAGUAAAAGAGAGAGUAGAAGUUCCAAAGGAAUCAGAUAGAUAAAGAAUAUUUCAAUUAUAGGAAAAUUUAGAAAAAUUAUCAAGAGAUUAUUAGAUUUUAAAUUAAAAGAAAUAAGAAGUAAUAAAAGAAACUGUGACUGUAGAAGUUUAAUCAUAAGCUGAUAAAUUGAGGAUUUAGUAAUUAGAAUUGUAAUUGUAAUAAUUAAGAACAGAAUUAUAAAUAAUAACAUAGAAGAAAUAAGAAGUAAUACGAGAAGUAAUAACUGAAAGAGUGGAAGUAGCUUCAGAAGCAGAUAAAUUUAGAAUUAGAUAAUUAGAAUAAUAAUUAGAAAAUUUAAAUAAAAGUUAUGAGAUUUUAAAUAAAAAAAAGUAGGAAAUAAUAACAGAGACAAUAAAAGUUGAAGUUCCAUCUUAAGUAGAUAAAUUGAGAAUUUAAUAACUUGAAUAAUAAUUAAAUAAUGUUAGAUUAGAAUUAUAAAUAGUAUCAUAGAAGAAAUAAGAAAUUAUUAAAGAAGUAGUGACUGAAAGAGUAGAAGUAAGUAGAGAAUCAGACAGAAAAAGAAUUUUAGAAUUAGAACAAGAUUUAUUUAAAUUAUAAUAAGAUUAUAUUGCUUUAAAUAAAAUUAAAUCUGAAAUUAUAAAAGAGACUGUUACAUUAGAAGUACCAUCAUAAGCAGAUAAAUUUAGGAUUUAACAGUUAGAGACUUAAUUAUAAUAAGUGAAGAGUGAGUUACACUUAGUUUAAACUAAAAAAUAAGAAGUUAUUAGAGAAACUGUUACAGAAAGAAUAGAAGUAUCAUCAGAAUAAGAUAAAAUGAGAAUAAGAUAAUUAGAAUAAUAAUUGAAUUCUUUAUAAUAAGAUUAUUUCACAUUAAAUUAAAAAAAGUAAGAGAAAAUUAAAGAAACAAUUACAGUUGAGGUAUCAUCUGAAAAUGAUAAAUAUAGAAUUAAAUAACUUGAAUCACAAAUAUCAAAUUUAAAAGAGAAUUUAAAUGCUUUUGAAAUUGAAAUUUAGAAUUUGAAAAUACAAAAUAAAAACUUAUAAACUGCAAGUUAUGAAUACCAAGAUUAGUUAAAAAUAUAUUAAUCUAAAUUAGAAGAGAAUUAAAAAUAAAGAUCAAUGGUAAUUUAAUUUGAAAGAAAAGAAUAAGAGUUAUAAAAUUAAAUUUAAAUUUUAGAGAAUUAAAAAGGAAGAGAAAUUAAUGAUUUAAAAAAUUAAAUGGAAUUUAUAUAAAAAGAAAAUUAAAAAUUAAAUGAUAUGAUAAGAAUUAAAAUAGAAGAGAGUGAAUAAUGGAAAAGAAAAUAUUUAACUAUUUAAAGUGAAAUAUCUUAACAUUCAAGUGAAGCUGAAUCUUUUAAGAUUUAAUUGAAAUCUUUAGAAUAAAGUAGAGAAACUAUUAAAUUUGAACUGGAUAAGGUAAAUAAAAUGUAUUUUUAAAUUUAAAAUGAAAAUACUUAAUAUAAAUCAAGAUGUAAUGAACUUGAAUUAAGAGUAAAAUAAAUUAGUAGAGAGAAUUAAGAAUAUUAAGAACGAUAUUAAUAAAUUGAUUUUGAAAAAAUUAGUAGAUUAGAAUAAGAGAAUAGAAGAAAAACAGAAACUAUUUAUUAAUUAGAAGCAUAAUUGAGAAAUUAAGCAUAAAUAAAAGAUCUUUAAAGUUAAUUAUCUCUUAAAGAUAAAUAAAUUCUAUAAUUAUAAGAUAGCAUUUCAGAAUUAUAAGCUACUGUUAGAACUUUAAGAAUAGAAAAGUAGACAAUGUCGGAAUAAACUAAUAAAUAAUAAGUAAUAGUUAGAGAAACUUAAAAGUAAUUUCAUUUAUAUAUAAUAGCAAUUAAAAAAUAGUAGAACUUGAAACUAGAAUCUAAGGUUUGAAUGCUGAGAUUUAGAGACAAAUUUAAAUGAAAGAAUAAAUUUAAGCUAAACAUGAUAUACUGAUUGAAAGAGUAUAUAUAAAAUAAAUACUUAGGCUACUGAAUAUGAAUCAGAAAUUAACAUGCUUAGAAAUGAAUUAUAGAAAAAGAGAAAUAAUUCUACAUAUAAUAUGCCAAUAGUUUCAAAAACUUAUGAAAUUCAUAAAGUGGGAGAAGUUGUUGAUAAUGGAACAGGAUUGGUUUCAGGAUUUAAUUUAGAAGAUACUAAGAAAAUUAAAUCAAUUAUGAAUACACAAUAAUAUAAAUCUGAAAUUUCAAACACAGCCUCCAAUAUUAAGGAAUCAUAAUAUUCAAUCAGAUCUAAUUCAUAAGUAUAACCGUUUAAUCCUUUAAGAAGUGAUGUAUAUAUAAUAUAUAUAUAAAUAGUUAAUAAAGUAAAAGGCUUAAUUAAAUCGAAAGGACGACCAAUCUUACAAAUGA